CAGACGUCAGCAAAAAUAGCUAUCGUGUCGUAAUUUAUGUGGUGAACUCUGCUCAUUUAGGCUAGUUGUGCGACUCCAGGUGGUAGUAAUGGGAAACUGAAGUUCAUAAAUUACUGUACUUGUUUACAGAAAGAUCAUACAUUAUACCAUAUAGACAUGUUUCUCUCCUCGUUCAUCGUUCUGCAUUGUUUAGGGGCUGUUUCUGUUUCCGCUGCCGGUGACUGUGAAGUGUGUGUUGGCUUUCUGCAGCGUAUCUACAAAACCUUGACCUCUGCUCAUGGAGAGCUGAGUCCAGCCUUGGUAGAGGAGGAGUUAUUGAGGACCUGUGCUGUUGCCCAGGGGAAGGAGGGGAGACUGUGUUACUACCUGGGAGCCACUAGUGAUGCAGCGACACGUGUCACCGGCUCUGUUUCCCGCCCUCUUUCCUCUCAUGUACCUGUAGAGAAGAUCUGCCAACGGCUUAGCAACACAGAUACACAGAUCUGCCAGCUGAGAUAUGAGCAACAGCUGUGGGACUUAAGCAGCGCUGGUUUGUCAAGGGUGCGUGUUGCUGAGCUGAGGAGAGUUUUGGCGUCCUGGGGAGAGGAGUGUCGUGGCUGUCUGGAAAAACACGAAUACAUCCGUCUCAUCCAGGAGAGAGCUCCGUUCCACAUACACACCACAGAACUGUGACACACACCAUAACACAAACUAACAGUGACACGGCUCCCAAUAUUUUUUCAAAAGGUAACAUCAACACAAGGGGUUCAGAUAACUUUAACACUUGUGCUUUUAUCAUCAAUAUUUGGUUAAAUCAUUAUAUUUCAAUUAUCCUUAAACAAACCAGACAUGUCUUUUAAAAUGUUAAUGUGAAAAACGAAAGUUGCUGUUGAUUUGGAAUAGCUCAAACAGUAGCAAUGUGCUGCAUGACAUUGCUUUGUGAUUAUAACAUUGAAUUGUGAAACAAAUUGAUGAACAAUGUGAAAUGACAAUAAUAUAAAUCCCAUCCAAUUGUGACUGGGUCUGAUGUCAAAUGUAACUUUUGUACCUUGGAAAUUACCCAGCUGCACAGUAGGUAACAUUAUCAAAUCUGAAUUUUCCAGUUAUAACUUUGACUAUAUUUGUCUCAACCACAGGCACAUAACUGGAGUUACAUAACCACAGUAACCUUCAUGGAGUUCUACGGAAUAAUUAAUUAAAUAUAUAUUUUUAAGUGUGUUGUAUAUAACAAUCAUACCUUCAACAGUCAUGAUAUUGGUCAACAAUACCUAUAGCCACAUUCUGUCUGAUUUGAAUGUUGGAAAUCAUAU